AAAAAAAUUGGUGAACUCUUUUGUUGUAGCGUAUGCAUAGCCAUUGAGCGCCGUGACACGGUUUACAUUUCUGUUGUGCGCGCAUCAUUUGAGACUCUCGACCAGCAGUAAGGCGGGAAGAUGGACGUCUUCGUAAAAAGUUUGUUGGAAGAUUGGAAUCUAAGCGAAUUUGCCUCAAAUUUUGAAAAUGAAGGUAUCGAUGAAUACAGUUUCCCGCUGCUUGAUGAAGAAACGAUCCGAUUGUUGAUUCCAAAAGCAGGGCCUCGAUUAAAAUUUCUAAAACUUUUCAGAACAACUCAUACUGCAGAAAAUAAGCCAGAUGAAAUUGGCAGUGAAAAAUGUGACUCGAAAACAGAAGAGAAAAGUAAGGGAGCGCAAGAAGACGGAAACUUAGUCAAAAGUUCUGAAGCAGAAGAAGUUAAAAACUUAGGGAAAACUACUUCAACAGAGGAACUUAUUUUAAAGAAAAUUAGAAUAAAAGAACUGCUCGAAAGAAAAUUACCGGAAAUUUAUUUGAAGCUGGUAGCCGGAGUACCUGGUAGCAUAAACAUAACUGCCAAGUACAAAAUAAAUCGAGCUGUGGUGGAUGCCUAUAUCUCAAAUUUCGAUAGUCAACCUACAACACAAACGAAACUACUGCUGGCAAAAAAGAUCGUCGAAUGCUUUCCUGUCUUGAAAGGGUUAGAUGGGGAAGGGCAUGUAAGUAAACAUUCCUUAGUCAUUAAACAUGUUUUUCUAUUUGCAUGAAAUUGUGUUCCAUUCGCAAAAUUUUUUUAAAAAGUUUUUAAAGCAUGUAUUCAAUUACAUGUCUUCUUUUUUGUCAACACUGUUUACUUUUGUCAAUUUUUCUUCAUGAUGUCCUUUGUGCCAAU